UGGUGGGGGCAGUCAGUUGGCAGGCGCCCGGCCCAGCCCGCGCCCUCGGCCAUGUGGGAGGUGCGCUCCUCCUCCUUUUGGAGGGCCGUCUUCGCCGAGUUCUUCGCCACCAUGAUCUACGUCUUCUUCGGGAUGGGGGCCUCGCUGCGCUGGGGGGCCGGGCCCCUCCACCUGCUGCAGGUGGCCCUGGCCUUCGGGCUGGCGGCGGCCACCCUGGUGCAAACGCUGGGCCACGGCAGCGGGGGCCCCUUCAACCCCAUCCAGCCCGGCGUGACCCUGGCCCAGGCCACGACCAUCGAGAUCUUCCUGACGCUGCAGUUCGUCCUCUGCAUCUUCGCUGCAUAUGAUGAUCGCCACAACGGGCGCAUGGGCUCCGUGGCGCUGGCCAUCGGCUUCUCCCUCGCCCUGGGACACCUCUUUGGGAUAUACUACACAGGAGCCAGCAUGAACCCCGCACGAUCCUUCGCCCCUGCUGUCAUCACCCGCAACUUCUCCAACCACUGGGUGUACUGGGUCGGUCCUGUCCUAGGCGCCACUCUGGGUGGACUCAUCUAUGACUUUAUCCUCUGCCCCCGCAUGCGGGGCCUGGCCGAGCGGCUGGCCAUCCUCAAAGGGGAGCCGGUGGCGGACGGCCAGGCCUCCCCGGAGCCCCCCGGGGAGCCCGUGGAGCUGAAAACGCAGGCGCUAUAAAAAGGAGUCCGGGCAGCGCCCCCAGACACGUCCCCGGGGCGGGGACAGACCCAGCGGCAAAGCCUGGCUCCCGGAUCUGGACUGUUGCUCUGAAUCGCAGCGGAGGGGAGACGGACGGACGGAAUAGGCUGUGCUCUCUCUCGGACGGGGGCCCGGGCAGGGCGGGAUCUGGUAUCUCUUUGUUUUGUUUUUAAUUUCAUGACUUUUUUUUUUUUGCUGUGAUAAAACCUUGGCAAUAAUUGUACUUGGGGUGG